AUGUUUUUAAAGAAAUACUUAAGUGGGGAUAAAGCGGAAUCAGUCGAUGAAAGAUUUCUCAAGUUGUCUCAUAGAAUCCCAAUAAUUGAUACCCACAAUGACUUUCCAUAUUUAUUGAGAGUUCAAUUACAUAAUAAAGUCAAUGAGCUGGAUUUUAAUUCCCAUUUGACAAGCAACACAGACUUACCAAAGCUGAAGGAAGGUCACGUAGGUGUUCAGUUUUUUAGCGUUUACAUCGAAUGUAAGGACGGUGGUGACUUCCUAUAUACAGAUUUCAAUCAAAUCAAUAGCGCGGUAAGAGAUACCCUGGAGCAGAUCGAUGUAACCAAGAGAUUAGUGGCGAAACAUUUCAAAGAUAUGAAAUUUGUUAAUUCUUCAAAAGAAGCGAUGGAAACUUAUCAGAAUGAGAAAAAAAUCGCAAUCACGUUGGGAGUUGAAGGGCUACAUCAGUGCGAUUUAUCAUUAGCGGUGGUAAGAAUUUAUUAUGAACUUGGUGUCAGAUACAUAACGCUAACUCACAAUUGUGAUAAUCCGUUCGCAAUGGCUGCCAGCUCUAUUCCUUAUCGCGAGAAAGACUUUGGCCUAACCGAAUACGGCGUUGAAUGUGUGCAUGAAAUGAACAGACUUGGAAUGAUGGUUGAUUUGUCCCACGUAAGCUACCAAACGAUGUUAGAUGUUCUCAAUGUGACAGAAGCUCCAGUUAUCUUUUCUCAUUCCUCGGUUUACAAACUUACACCACAUGAACGGAAUGUGAGGGAUGAUGUUCUUUUGAAACUUAAAGAAAAUGGAGGUGUAAUUCAAAUAAACUUCUGUCCGGCAUUCAUUACUUCCGGGGAUGUCGACGAAGAGGGAAAUUCGAUUGCCACGAUCAGUGAUGCAAUUAAUCAUGUAUCCUACGUUAUCGACCUCAUUGGUUGGGAUCAUGUCGGAUUCGGGUCAGAUUUUGACGGCAUUCCGGGCACACCUCGUGGAUUGGAAGAUGUGUCUAAAUAUCCCGAUUUAGUCAAAUCAAUAUGGAGUAAAUAUGAUGCAACGGAAGAGCAAAUAGCAAAACUUAUGGGCCUCAAUACAUUGAGGGUUUGGAGUGAGUGCGAAAGAAUUUCUGAAGUAAAAAAAGGCCAUAAAUGCAUCGAAGCUCAAUGGAGUGACAGAUUGUGGGAAUUUCCCACUUGGGCUAAAACUGCAAUGCCAGAAAUAUACCCUGGCUCCAAACAAAUUUAUGACAAGAGUACUAAAUGGAUCGAUGGUGAUGAUCUAAUAAAAAAAUAG